AUCAUAAAGUUAACAAUUCUGAAAAAAAACAUAAAAAAAGUAUUUAAAUAAAUUUUGGAUAAAUAAUCUUUCCCGCCCGAAGUGUACUGCGCAAAGAACCAAUUUUCAGUAAAUGCGCAUUACACAUGUUCUGUUAACAGCUUUUGAUUUUAGUGUUUACAUUUUUUAUCUGAAAAGUAAUUCCAAUUUCUUAAUGAUUCUUAGCGUAUUGACAAAUUAAAUAACUGUUUAAAAAUAUUCAGUAUACAGUAAUUAAUGUCUUUAAAAUAAUAGUGUUGUACAAUAAUUAAUCUUUCCUUGUGACAAUAUAAAAGCAUAUUUGAACGCAAGACAUCUGAUAACAAAUAACGACGAUACAUCUUUGUUUUACAGAAUAAAGACGAAUUUAGGGAUUUAAUAAUAUUUCAGGUAUGGAAGAAGUAUUACAAAUAGCUUCAUUAAAAUUUCACAAAAAUGAGACGCAGAAAGAAGCUAUUUUAGAUAAUUUUAUUCGCAAAAACGAUACAGAAAAAAUAAAAUUUGCUGUAGAGUAUUUGAUUCAAAAUUCAAGGUUUCCUAAAAUCACUCAUCAGUCGAAAGAUGCUUUGAAAGCGAAAGAUAAAAUUAGUGAAGCAAAUACUAUGAUGGCUAAAAAUGUAUCUUUCAAAAAAGUACUUGAAACUUAUACUGAAGCUAUUGCAUUUGCACCAGUCGGUUCAAAAGAAUUAGGUUUAGCCUAUGCUAAUCGAUCUGCCUUACUGUGCAAUGCCAAAUAUUAUGAAGAUUCUUUAAAAGAUAUCAAUAGAACUCUUCAACUUAGAUAUCCCGAUAAACUAAAAGCUGCACUAUUCAUACGCCGGGCAAAAAAUUUACUAGGAAUUGAUCCAUCAAUGCGUCCAGAAGUUACUGAAGCUAUACAAAAUGCUCAGAACUAUGUGGGUUUAGCAGAUCCUAUAAGUCGUCCAAGGCUUCAAGAGUCAUUAGAUUUAUUAAGAAUACUAAAAAAACCAUUGGAUCCUCCCGCGAAAAAAUGGGAUGAUAGAAAAUUUUUACCAAAAACGCCUUGUGGCAAUUCCAAGAUUUUACGAGUUUCAGAUGGUAUCGCUAUAAAAUACUCUGAAGAAUUUGGUAGACACAUUGUUGCUACACGAGAUAUAGACGCUGGCGAACCAAUUAUGGUUCAUAAAUCAUAUGUUGCUGUUCUGGCGACACAACAUUUGUAUUCUUACUGUUGGAAUUGUUCAAAAAGAGCUUGGACUGCAGUACCUUGUGCCCAUUGUGUGAAUAUUGUUUUUUGUAGCGAAGUUUGUCGAGACAAAGCUUGGCAAGAUUAUCAUGAUCUUGAAUGUUCGAUAGUAACUUCUCUUGCAGCUAAUAUUAUUUUACCAGUUGAUGUGAUGGCUUUGAGAAUAACAAUUAAAGCUUUUAAAGAAAUGAAAUCAAUUAAUGGCCUCAAAACGAAAAUUGGAAUACUUGAUGGAUUAACGGAUCCAAUAACAAAAUCUUUUAGUGAAGGAGUAUUUAACGACACAAAAUACGCAAGUGUUGGUACAUUAAUGAGAAGAUCAGAAACUCAAUAUCAAUUCGAACAUACUUUGAGAUGUGCAUGUCUUCUGUACUAUCUCGCGUCAGCAACAGAAAUAUUUGGGAGAAAAAUCUAUGAUUUCAAAGCUCUUCUUCAUAACCAAUCGGCAUUAUUUAUGGGUGGAUUGAUCUUUAGACAUUUUGAAAUCAUAUUAACAAAUGCAACAGGAAUUUUUUCAAAUGAUGAUGAAGGUAAAAAUUUUGCUAAAGGAGGCCAAUUAAUAUCUUUUCAAAGUCUCUUUAACCAUAGUUGUGAUCCUAAUGGAUAUCUAUAUACAUCCGGUGAUAUGAAUGCAAUUAUUGCUUUUGAUACGAUAAAAGCAGGUCAACAAAUUUUUUUAAAUUAUGGAAUUGGAUACACAGAAUGGCCAACUUAUGUAAGAAGAGAAAAACUUUUACGGACUCAUAAAUUUUUGUGUAAUUGUGAAGCAUGUAAAAAUGAUUGGGGUCCUGAUUUUUAUAUGCUUCCAAUCGGUGAAUUACCUUUAUCGCCUACAAUUAAGAAUCAACUGAACAUCAUAAAAAAAGAGAGUUACAACUACAGAUUCCCAUUAUCAUUUGAUAUGAUAGAUGAUAAAUCACCAAAUAACAUUGAAAAUAUUUUGUCAACAUUAUUUGAAAUCUUAAAUUCUUAUAGGGUAUUUUUAAAUGAACCCUGCCAAGAAACCCACACAUUAAAAAUAUCUUUAACUAAAAUUUAUAAUGCUCUAAGUCGUUAAUAAUUACUAUGCAAAGAAUUAUUAUUACAUAUCAUUUAAUAUUCGAUGUAGAUACAAUCUUGCGAAUGUUUUUCGAUUAAA